AUGUGCCAACAGUCCGCAUAUGUCAACAGUCCCAAUGUGCCAACAAUCCCAGCGUACCAACAGUCCCAAUGUGCCAACAGUCCCAAAGUGCCAACACUCCCAAUGUGCCUACAGUCCCAGUACACCAACAGCCCCAAUGUGCCAACAGUCACAAUAUGCCCACAGUCCCAAUGUGCCAACAAUCCCAAUGUGUCAACAGUACCAAUGUGCCCACAGUCCCAGUACACCAACAGCGCCAAUGUGCCAACAGUCCCAAUGUGCCUACAGUCCCAGUGUACCAACAGUCCCAAUGUGCCAACAGUCCCAAUGUACCAACACUCCCAAUGUGCCAACACUCCCAAUGUGCCUACAGUCCCAGUACACCAACAACCCCAAUGUGCCAACAAUCACAAUAUGCCUACAGUCCCAAUGUGCCAACAAUCCAAAUGUGUCAACAGUACCAAUGUGCCUACAGUCUCAGUACACCAACAGCGCCAAUGUGCCAACAGUCCCAAUGUGCCAACAAUUCCAGUGUGCCAACAGUCCCAAUGUGCCAACAGUCUCAAUGUGCCAACAAUCCCAAUGUGCCAACACUCCCAAUGUGCCUACAGUCCCAGUACACCAACAACCCCAGUGUGCCAACAAUCACAAUAUGCCUACAGUCCCAAUGUGCCAACAAUCCAAAUGUGUCAACAGUACCAAUGUGCCUACAGUCUCAGUACACCAACAGCGCCAAUGUGCCAACAGUCCCAAUGUGCCAACAAUUCCAGUGUGCCAACAGUCCCAAUGUGCCAACAGUCUCAAUGUGCCAACAAUCCCAAUGUGCCUACCGUCCCUAAAUGUCUACAGUGCCAUUGUGCCUUCAGUCCCCAUAUGCCUAAGUCGCUAUAUGCCUACAGUACGAAUACGCCUACAGUCCCAAAAUGUGUCUACAGUAAAAUCAUGAACAGCGCCAUGCGAUAA